AUGCUUUCAUCUAUCAAGGCCUUCUUCGAAUUACCAGAGACCACUAGAAUCCAUUACUAUACUCGGGAGGCAUCCCAUGGUGUAGCCUACUCUACUACCAACUUUGAUCUGUACAAGUCCAAAGCUGCCAGCUGGAGGGACACACUACAGGUCCGGCUAGGCCCCACACCUCCGGAGUGGGACUAUGUUCCGGAGUUGUGCAGGGAAGCGGUAGAGGAGUGGGAUAGAGGGGUGAUAAAAUUGGGAGAGGAGUUGAUGGGAUUGUUGAGUGAGGGGUUGGGGAUGGAAAGAGAUAGGUUAAAAGAUAUGUCGUGUUUGGAUGCCAGGACUAUGGCGGCUCAUUACUAUCCAUACUGUCCACAGGCGGACUUGACGGUUGGCCUGACAUCUCAUACAGAUCCCGGGGUGUUGACAGUAGUGUUGCAGAAUGAGGUUGCGGGGUUGCAGGUGAAGUUUGGUGAGGAUUGGAUUGACGUGGACCCUGUCCCCGGUGGUCUAAUUAUCAACAUUGGUGAUAUUCUUCAGAUCAUGGCCAAUGAUGAGUACAAAAGCGUGGAGCAUCGUGUAUUGGCCAACCCCUCUCAUGAACCGCGUGUCUCAAUUGCAGUUUUCUUCAACCCUAGCAUGAGAGACAAGUUGUAUGGGCCAUUGCCGGGACUAGUGUCGCCUGAGAAACCAGCUAUGUACCAGCAAUUCAUGUUCUCAGACUUCAUGACAAGAUUCUUCACGAAGGAGUUGGAUGGCAAGACCUUGACGAAUUACUACAGAGUCUCAAGCAAGGAAGAGUCAGAACUUGAUAAACAAGAAACUAAUGAAUCAUCCGUAUGAUUUGUAUAGAAGAUACAUAUUUUGGCAUGCUCAAAAGAUUAUCAAACAAUGGCUCAUUUGAUAAGUGUAAUGCCCUUGUAAGUUCUUUAAAGGACUUCAUGGUU